AUCUUGAAAAAAUUAUAAUUAUUAUACUACGAUCUUUAAAUUGAUUUUUUAUUCAUCAGUGAUUUUUAUAAUAUUAAAUUCGUCAUUUCCUAAUAUGCCAAGUUAAGAAAUUAUAUGUUUAUUUAUAUAGCAUCCUGAUAUAUUUAAUAAUAAUAUGGCCAAUGCAUACAAAACAACGAGCAAUUCAAAAUUGCAAGAACAGUCUAUGAAAACUGCGAUAAAAUCUCAACUUGUUAUUAAAAUCAAAAAAGAGGAAGAAGAAGGAGUAUGGAUGUCAGAAAAAAAAUUGUACACGGAAGAUAACAGCGAUGAAAAAAAAUUCAAAACACAAUCACAAUCGCGUAGUAAAUUCGAUGAUAAUCAAUCAUUGUCUUUGGUUAAUAAUAUUGAACAACAAAAUCAUUCAUUUAUUUCAACUGAAAAUAAAGCAAAAUUAAAAAAUUCUACACGUACUCCUGAAAAUAACAUUAAUGAAGAUCAAUUUGCAUUGAAAACUGUUGAAAAAUGUAAUAAAAUAUCAUUUAUAAAUUUGACUCGAUCACCGUCAAUAGAAUCUCUACAAACCAAUCAUUCUGCAUCGGAAUCAUCUUUGAAUUCAAUUACAAAGGAUUUUUAUGAUUUUUCAAUUGUGGAAGAUCAAAUAGAAAAAAUGAAAAUUUCAUGGAAAGCAAAAAAAGAAUUUCAAUAUAAUGAGGAAUUACUUGAAAAUGAAUGGAAACAUGAUAUUAAUAUUUUAAAUGAUACAGAAGAUGAGAGUAUACAAAAAGAAAUUUUAGAAGUGGAAAAUCUUGAUAAUCUUAUAGAUAUAAUGAACAAUAAAAUAAAAGUAAAGUUUUUGUAUAAAAUGAGAAAAUAAUUAUUUUUAUUUUUAUAAAUAAAAUCAUUUUA